UUUGCACGUCACCAUCAGAGGACAAGGUUCAUUGCAAACACAAGACCGACGGCAGAAUCACCGAGAUCACGAGUACGAGAGAAGAAAUGUACAAUCAAGGGCCGACAAUCGGGAGAAUAAACCCCUCGUUCAAUGGCGCUCCAGAUAAGCAGGAUCCAUCGCAGAAGCCCCAGAUGGGUCAGCCUGCGCCACCACCAUACCAGGAACACCCUAGUGCCGGAUACCCGUCCCCAUCACCCUAUCCCACCGCUCCUGGAUAUCCCAGCCAGCCGUACGCAGCUCCUGGUGGCCCGCAGGGUCCGUAUGCCCAACAACAGCCGUAUGUCCUACAACAGCCAUAUCCCCAACAACAGCCAUAUCCAGGCAUGUCUGCAUAUCCACAAAGACCGUACGCAGGUCACACCGGGGUCACCGUUCAGCCCACUGUGUUCAUGACCUCCACAUCAGCGCCUGUGCAUGUGUCGGAUUACUUGUGCUACUCCAUCUUUACUCUGCUGUUCUGCUGUUUGCCUCUGGGAAUCGGUGCUGUCGUCCACUCGGCCGCUACUCGAAAUAAUAACAGAGCCGGACGGCAAGAUUUAGCGAUCAUGUCCUCCAGAACGGCGUUGGUCCUGAACAAUGUCGCACUCGCUAUCGGCCUCGCAACCUACACACUGGUCACUAUCAUCCUACUGUGGACGUAUGGCAUAUUCGACUAAACAGUUGCUGUAUUAUGAUUUUUUAUUUAAUGCUGCCCGAUUGAAAACUGUAUGACUAUCAAUGCACCGAGCACUUUUAAAACUACAUUUCAUUUAGCGCAAGUUUCUUUCAUUGUUUUAAACAUUUAAGAAAAAAAAGAGUGUUUUGGUUUUAAAUAUGUAUAUACAUAUAUGUGUGUGCAAUCUGUAUGAUUCAUAGCCCAAAAGAAAAGUUCUGAUUGUUCAUGAAAUACAUUGUUUCUGCUCAUCUAUUAAUAUAAAAUGUAUCAUUUCUAGCAAUACUAGCAAGUUUGAUCUGCUCGAUACGGCCAAGUUGUUAAAAGAAAUGUACACACAUUUGCGAACAGUUUCAUAAUAAAGCUUAUAAUUUUUGCAUA